GAGAAGAAGUCGUCCUGUGACGUCACUCACUCGAGUUGGCCUGACAACCAAGAUGGCGGCCGCAAUGUUGAGGUCGCUUACCAAACUGGGACGUCCUUCAACAAAAUUAAUUUUAAAUCCAAUAAAUAGUCAUGUCGGAAGCCCCUGCUGCGCUGUUCUUCAAAGCAGGAAGAAGCAGUGGCAGCCAGAUGUAGAGUGGACUGAGCAAUUUGCCGGUGCAGUGAUGUACCCCACUGCUCUUAAUGAGAAAUGGACCCCACCCCCAUGGAAUGACAAAGAUCCUCCGGCUGAGAAGGACGUGUCCAACCUGACCAUCAACUUUGGGCCACAGCAUCCCGCGGCUCAUGGAGUGCUGCGUCUGGUGCUGGAGCUUAGCGGCGAGUCCGUUAAAAAGUGUGACCCCCAUAUUGGCUUGCUUCACCGUGGCACGGAAAAACUAAUCGAGUACAAGACAUACCUGCAGGCUCUACCCUACUUUGACCGCUUGGACUAUGUUUCCAUGAUGUGCAACGAGGAGGCAUACUCGCUGGCUGUAGAAAGGCUCCUCAACAUCAGGGCUCCGCCCCGUGCCGAAUGGAUCAGAGUCCUGUAUGGAGAGAUGACCCGCAUCCUGAACCACAUCAUGGCUGUCACCACUCAUGCACUUGACAUCGGUGCCAUGACCCCGUUCUUCUGGAUGUUCGAGGAACGAGAGAAGAUGUUUGAGUUUUACGAGCGAGUGUCCGGAGCCAGAAUGCACGCCGCCUACAUCCGACCCGGCGGUGUCCAUCAGGAUCUUCCCUUGGGCCUAAUGGACGACAUCUACGAGUGGUGCAAGAACUUUUCCAUUCGCAUCGACGAGGUGGAAGAGAUGUUGACCAAUAAUCGCAUCUGGAAGAAUCGCACUGUGGACAUCGGUGUAGUGACAGCAGAGGAAGCCCUCAACUAUGGCUUUAGUGGUGUGAUGCUGAGAGGUUCAGGCAUCAAGUGGGACUUGCGCAAGUCCCAGCCGUACGACAAGUACGACGAGGUGGACUUCGACGUCCCGAUCGGAAGCAAGGGCGACUGCUACGACCGGUAUCUGUGUCGGGUGGAGGAGAUGAGGCAGUCGUUGCGGAUCAUGCACCAGGCCCUUAACAAGAUGCCCGAAGGCGAGAUCAAGGUGGACGACGCCAAGGUGGCUCCGCCCAAGAGGUCUGAGAUGAAGAUGUCCAUGGAGUCUUUGAUCCACCACUUUAAGCUGUACACCGAGGGUUAUCAGGUGCCCCCUGGGGCCACAUACACCGCAGUGGAGGCCCCCAAGGGAGAGUUUGGUGUUUACUUGGUGUCGGACGGUUCCAGCAGGCCCUACCGCUGCAAGAUCAAAGCGCCCGGAUUCGCCCACCUGGCCGGUCUGGACAAAAUGGCCAAAGGACACAUGCUCGCAGACGUCGUGGCCAUUAUUGGCACACAGGACAUCGUGUUUGGGGAGGUGGACCGCUGAGCAAGACCCCCGCCUGGCUGAUAUUCUGUGAUAUAUAUAAUGCCGAAUAAAUAUUUUAUGCUCAGAAUCCAAAA